AUGCAUCCCACUUCCAUGACCACGACGCCUUUUUCCGUGAAGGAUAUUUUGAAGCUGGAACACCACCAUGACUUUGAAAAUGAAUUCCUGAUGACUGAUCAAGUUGUUCCGAUGAAUUAUGAGCACGUGCACGCUGCGUGCGUCUCCGGGAUGCAGGAGAAGCUCCACAUUCACAACUCAGCCGCAGAAGAGGAGAUCAAUGAGCAGGAGACAUGCGGACUUGACAGUUCACCCGACUGUGACAUGAACCCCAAAAGCAGAGCCCGGCUGCGGAGGAAACCCCGAGUCCUCUUCUCCCAUUCCCAAGUGUCUGAGCUGGAGCUGCGCUUCAGGCAGCAGCGCUACCUGUCCGCCCCGGAGAGAGAGCACCUGGCCCACAUGCUCAAACUCUCCUCUACGCAGGUCAAAAUAUGGUUUCAGAACAGGAGGUACAAAUGCAAACGCCAACUCCAGGACAAGUCUCUGGAGCUGGCGGGGUAUCCCGCCGCGAGGAGGGUGGCGGUGCCGGUGCUGGUGCGCGACGGGAAGCUCUGCAGCGCCGGUUCCUAUUCAACGGCACUUUAUAAUGUGACUCUCGGCCAUUAUAAUCCGGUGUUUGGAUACGGAGCCGGCAGCGUGUACGGCUGCGCGUAUCACGGCGCGUCACCUUCAGCAGCGCAGGUGACCAAUAACCAGCUGGUCGAUCUACCCGGGAACAGCGAGGGGCCCUUCAGCCACGGACACUUCCAGGCUUCAUUACAGAGUGUACGAGGCUGGUGA